AUGGAGAAUGGAUUGCUGGUUUCUCCAGUUGAGCUGGAUGCUAGUAUGAUUGUGGAGGUCUUGAACAAACCAGAUUAUGCAAACAAUAUAAUCUCCCCUAUCCUUGAUGACUGUAAGCAGAUGUUGACUCAGUUCCAGCAAGUUCAGAUUCGUCAUUGCUUUCGGCAAGCUAAUUGUUGCGCAGAUAUGAUGGCAAGGAAGGGAGCUGAACAGCAAUUAGAUUAUUGUGCUUUUAGUAGUCCGCCUGUGGACGUGUUAGAAAUCUUUAGGAAAGACUUGGAUGGCAGUUCCUGUGCUAAUAUUUUUGUGUGGGAAAUUUCAGGUGAUAUCAUAAAGACUUUGAAGGAGAAUGGAUAUGAGUAUAAAUGGGGAAAUGUUACUGUGAAAUUGGUGGAAGCGUAUGGCUUUUGCUGGGCUGUUGAGCGGGCUGUUCAGAUUGCUUAUGAGGCGAGGAAACAGUUUCCGGAUGAGAGGAUUUGGGUCGCCAAUGAGAUUAUUCAUAACCCAACUGUUAAUAAGCGUUUGGAGGAGAUGGAAGUGCAGAAUAUUCCCCUUGAGGAAGGGAAGAAGCAAUUUGAAGUUGUUGAUAAGGGUGAUGUUGUUAUUUUGCCUGCUUUUGGAGCUGCAGUGGAUGAGAUGUUGACUUUGAGUGACAAAAAUGUACAAAUUGUUGAUACAACUUGCCCAUGGGUGUCUAAGGUCUGGAAUACUGUUGAGAAGCACAAGAAAGGAGAUUACACCUCAAUUUUUCAUGGUAAAUAUGCUCAUGAGGAAACAGUAGCAACUGCAUCUUUUGCUGGGAAGUAUAUUAUUGUCAAGAAUAUGACGGAGGCAAUGUAUGUGUGUGACUACAUUCUUGGGGGUGAACUUAAUGGAUCUAGCUCAACCAAAGAGGAAUUUCUAAAGAAAUUUAAAUAUGCAGUUUCAAAGGAGUUUGAUCCAGAUAGUGACCUGGUAAAGCUUGGCAUUGCAAAUCAGACAACAAUGCUCAAGGGAGAAACAGAAGAGAUUGGUAAAUUAGUAGAAAGGACAAUGAUGCGCAAGUAUGGAGUGGAAAAUGUUAAUGAGCACUUCUUAAGCUUCAAUACCAUUUGUGAUGCUACUCAAGAGCGCCAAGAUGCAAUGUACAAGCUGGUAGAGGAAAAGUUAGAUCUAAUGUUGGUGAUUGGUGGGUGGAACUCAAGCAACACCUCGCACCUACAAGAGAUUGCAGAAGAACGUGGAAUCCCCUCAUACUGGAUUGACAGUGAGAAGAGAAUAGGUCCUGGCAACAAAAUUGCAUAUAAGCUGAAUCAUGGGGAGUUGGUUGAGAAAGAAAACUUUCUACCAGAGGGUCCCAUAACAAUUGGUGUAACAUCUGGUGCCUCUACUCCAGAUAAGGUUGUUGAGGAUGCCCUUAUCAAAGUGUUUGACAUCAAACGUGAAGAGGCCUUGCAACUUGUGUAAUUAGUUUAGCUUCAGAUGUAUACAUUUGCCAGAGCAUCAGUGUAACCAUACAACUAAACAGGAGUAUAAUUGAAGAAUCUAUGUUAUGCAGUCCCAAUGUACCAUCAAAUUUUUAUGUUGUA